GGGUGACGAGAUUUUUUCGCUGCGGUUGACAUGACGUGUACGCCCGGCCUUACUGGUUCGAGAUCUUGACGCGACGGAUUUCCAUGACCACAAAGCGAGCAAGGACCCUCGAAGAUAGCCUCCCCGUGAGCUCAUAUUAUUUAUGCAUGGCCAACAAACCUCGUCGGGGCCAACGUUUCAUUGCAGUGUCUGGUUACAGCUAUGAGAAGGCGGUGACCAUCCGGGGUUUGAGCGACGGCAGGGGGAAAGAAAGAAUGGGCCGGAGCGCGGCGGACUGCUGCCACGGCAACAUUGUCAUCUCUACCGCGGUGCUCUAUGGCUCCUUGGCCCUCUUCACGUCCAUCCUUCACAAUGUCUUCCUGCUCUACUAUGUGGAGACCUUUGUAUCUGUCUACAAGAUCGACAAAGUCUCCUUUUGGCUGGGCGAGACGGUGUUCCUGCUGUGGAACAGUUUCAACGAUCCUCUCUUCGGCUGGCUGAGCGAUCGCAGCUUCCUCAGCUCUCCGCAGAGCGCCGACCAGGUGACGUCUCCAGAGGUAGUCCUGAAGCGGCUCCGUGCGCUUUCGUCUAGCGGGCCGCUCUUCGCCCUGUCCUUCCUGGCCUUCUGGGUGGCGUGGGCCAGUCCGGGCCUCCAGUUCCUGCUGUGCCUGUGCCUCUAUGACGGUUUCCUGACCAUGGUGGACCUCCAUCACAGCGCCCUCAUGGCCGACCUGGCCGUGUCGGCCGCCGACCGCACGCGCCUCAAUUUCCACUGCUCGCUCUUCAGCGCCAUGGGCUCCUUGUCCGUUUUCCUGUCCUACUCCUUCUGGGACAAGGAGGACUUCUACGCCUUUCGCCUCUUCUGCGUGACCCUCGCCGCCUUCUCCAGCUUGGGCUUCUUCGUGGUCUCUCGGUUGCUACGGCGACGCUUUCAGAAAGAAGUUCGUCCCAGGUUGGAUGAAGCACACGCGCUCAAAGAGCUCAGUGUUGGCCACGCCCCCUUGACCUCAUCAGAGCGACCCGUCACUAUCUGGCAGUACUUCAAGCAGCUCUCCAGACACAGAAACUUCAUGUGGUUUGUCUCCAUGAACCUCCUCCAGGUGUUUCACUGCCACUUCAACAACAACUUCUUCCCACUUUUUCUGGAGCACCUGCUGUCAGACAACAUCUCCGCCUCCACGGGUUCCAUCCUCCUCGGCAUCUCGUAUGUGGCGCCGCACCUGAACAACUUGUACUUCCUGACGCUGUGCCAGCGCCACGGCGUCUACCAGGUCAUCCGCUGGCUCUUCCUGCUCAAGCUGGCACUGAGCGUGGCCAUGCUGCUGGCUGGUGCAGACCACGUCUAUUUACUGUGCAUCUUCAUCGCAAGCAACCGAGUGUUCACGGAGGGAACCUGCAAGCUGCUGAAGCUGGUCAUUUCCGACCUGGUCGACGAGGACUUUGUGGUCAACCGACGGCAGCAGGCGACCUCGGCGCUGCUCUUCGGCAUGGUCGCCCUGCUCACCAAGCCUGGGCAGACGUUGGCACCGCUCCUGGGCACCUGGCUACUGUGCGCCUACACAGGCUAUGAUAUUUUCCAAAAGGAACCGGCGAAGGACUCCGUUGUGGACGCGUCAUCAGGUGCGGGGAUGCCGCCGCUCCGUCUGGGUUGCUUCCACAUGCUGGUGUUUGUGCCCAUCACGUGCGCUCUGCUGCAACUGGCUGCCUGGUCACGCUUCACACUGCAUGGGCGCAAGCUGCAGGGCAUCAAGAACACCAGGCAGGGCGCCCAACACGGCGGCAUGGUGGACGUGAAGGCCAUAUGACGUAGAUGGCGCUGAGAUGCACACAGACACUUUUUUUAGUUGUCUUUUUAGACUUUGAAGUUAAAAAAAAAAACACACACAAAGGAGACUGUGGCACACUUGUGUGCAAAGAUGGAAGGGACAACAGCACAAUGACAGAUUGAUCUGCACUUUUGGUGUAAAAUUUGGUUAUAGUUGAAAGAAAUAACACUUGCCUUAUUUUUUAACAGAGAAUUACAUAUAUUUAUACUGCAGAGUCAAGAGGGCCCAGUACACUUUUACUGCCAACCGCUCAUUGUUUAUGAUGAACGUCCACUCAGUUUUACAAAUAUUUGGAUUUUAUCUGAUUUUGACUGCGUGAAGUUUGAAGUACUCAGUUGCAAGAGUUAAUGUUUACAUACAGCAUUGAAGUGUUUUCAAAUACUAUUGAUGUUUUAUUUAUUUUUUGCACAAAACUGCCAUUGUCUUGUGAUUCUAGUGACCAAUGAAAGCGCUAACAGUCGCCAUUACAGGUAUAUGUGCCAUUGCCAAAAUUAUUAAAUGUCAUGACCAAAAA